AUGUCCGACUCCGAGGCCAACGUCCCUACGCGCAAUGCUCGCAAUCGCAGAAAACCGCGCACUGUGUCAUCGCUGACUGCGCAGCAGAUCCAGCACAAACGCGAUCUGGACCGGAAGGCGCAACGCGAGCUGCGACAACGCGCUAGGUCUCGCGUCCUGGAUCUGGAGCAAGAUUUAGCACGUGCAAAGGCAUCCUCGUCUGAGCGGGAACGCAGCAUGAUGGAUGAAAUUCAGAAUCUGCGUGAGGAGAACCGGCGGCUGCGCGAUUGCCUGGAAAGCAUUGGCCAAUUUGCGCUGAAUGGCUUGUCCACGGAGGAAAGUGCGCAACCGAUGCAUGAAAGACGCAGUCCUGAUUUAGUCGCCAUGGAUGAUGCGACACAUGAGCCGGACAAUGGCCCUCUGCAGGACGAUGCCUCAACCUUGAGCAAUGGGCCCGUUGACAUCGGUCCAGGGACCACUGGAAGCACCGGGAAUGCAGUAAAUAAUGAAAAUACAGGAGCCCCCGGAACCACAGGAACGCCGAUUACUAUGGCAAUCCCAGGAAAUACGCGCAGUACUAACCACCUUGGGCAAGACUUUACACAUAACAGUCAUCAUCAGGAUGCUUUUAGAUGGAGCACAAAUCCACAAGAGGAAUCUCGGCAAGUUCUACCAGAUUCUUAUCAUGAUAACACAGUGUCCACCGGCGUUGAACUCCCAUCGCCAGAUUCAGAGAGCUUGGCCGGCCAGAGUAUUGUCGACCGACCGCGGCAGCCAGACCACUAUCUAGACUGUACAUCCCACACUCAGGAAUGUAUCGUGGCCCCUUCCACUACGACAGUUGUGACUCCAGCGUCCUCCAUCGCAGCCAACACACUCAUUCAGCCCCCUACAUCCACCACCAUUGCAUCCAUUCUUCCCAAACAUCGCUCUGCGACAUGUCCCUUGGAUCAGAUUCUUUUGGACUUUGCCAGCUCCCGGCGAUCUUUGGCUGCCAAGGGGUUCCCUAUUGACGUGGUCGUAGGGCCCUCCCAACCAUGCCUACAAGCAGUCGUAAAUCGUCUAAGUACAGGUGAAGUCCAUGCGACCAGCCGCGUCCUUGCUGAAGUUCUUGCCACAUUCUCUCACGUGGCGCUCCCGGAAAAAUUGGCUUUUAUGUUUGUAAUGUUCCGGACUAUGAGGUGGCAAUUGUCAUCCACCGAUUCAAACUAUGAUGAGAUGCCGCGCUGGCUUCGGCCGACCGCAGUCCAAAUUACGGUGCCUCAUGCAGCCUGGAUCGAUAAUAUUCCUUGGCCACGAGUGCGUGACAUGUUGAUCGAGAAUCCUGAGAAAUACCCUUUUCCUGUUUUCUCGGAACUGUAUUCGGAAAAUGUGACCGUCAAUUGGCCUUACGAUUCAAUGGAUACGGUUUCUCAUCAGGGUGACUCUCUUAUUUUCAACCCGAUCUUUGAGAAGCAUGUGCGAAAGCUAGAUAACUGGACCGUUUCGGGUCAUUUCAGGGACUAUCUCCCCGAGAUGACAGCGGCCAUUUACGGGCGUGAUUGA